UCGUUAGAUAUUUUGUCGUCCGGUUCCCUGUUCUGGACGUUUGGACUUUUCACCGAAUUCAAACAUUAACAGUCGGUAUCGCGGGAAAAGUUCGUAGAAAAACAAACUGAAAGCCGAAGAUGUGCGAGUUUGAACCCGGAGCGGCGGCGUGUGUGAACCGCUACAUGCUACGUGUACGGUAACGGUUAACGUGAAGGUGGCUGGCUAGCUAACGGAGAGAGAGAGAGUGAGAGACACACACACAACCUAAGACAGAGAGAGAGAGAGAGAGACGUGGAUCCAGAACGAACCGGAUUUUAACUUUUUAUUUUACCGAGCAGAUGUUCAGAAGCUGUGAAACCGAACCGCCGGAGGUUUGCGCGGUGAAAGUUAGCAGAGAGUUACCGCUGAGGACGGCUCGGUCCCCGGCAACAACUUGGACGCGAGAGAGGAUGGAGGAGUGAAAAACACUGGAAGUAACGAGGGAGGUUUUGUGUGGAAAACGACACAUACCGCUGCUGUUUUAAUGUUUGCCUGAGCGGUUAACGUCUGUUGGUGUUUUUAAUCGUUAAUAAACGGACUGAAAUCAGCAGCCAUAGGUUUGUAAAGAUGAUGUAUUCGUCGAGGAGAAAGCCGGUCCUCUACUUCAAAGAGGAGAAGAGGUUCCUGUCUGGUAAGUGCACGGUCUACAAGCUGUUCGGCCUCUGCAUGGUGCUGGUGCUGGUCUCUCUGCUCUGGCUGCAGCUCAGCUGUUCAGGUGAAAUGUCCUCCAUGCACGAAGACAGACGCCUCCCCCAGCAACAGCCGCCGCCGCCCUGCCCUUCUGACAGUCAGGCGUCUGCAGCUGACGACCCCUCCUGGGGUCCUCACAAACUCGCCCUGAUCAUCCCGUUCAGAGAGCGCUUCGAGGAGCUGCUGGUCUUUGUUCCCUUCAUGCACACGUUCCUCAACAAGAAGAAGAUCCGCCACAAGAUCAUCGUCAUCAACCAGGUGGAUCACUACAGAUUUAACCGAGCGUCUCUCAUCAACGUGGGUUACAUGGAGAGUGGGAACGACACGGACUACCUGGCGAUGCACGACGUGGACUUGCUGCCCCUGAACGACGCUCUGGACUACGGCUUCCCUGAGGACGGGCCUUUCCACGUGGCCUCCCCUGAACUGCACCCGCUCUACCACUACAAGACCUACGUAGGAGGAAUCCUGCUGCUCACCAAGAAACAUUACCACAUGUGUAACGGGAUGUCGAACCGGUUCUGGGGUUGGGGCAGAGAAGACGACGAGUUCUACAGACGACUGAGAAAAGCUGAACUCCAGCUGUUCAGGCCGAGCGGCAUCACUACAGGAUAUAAAACCUUCCUCCACAUCCACGACCCGGCCUGGAGGAAGAGAGACCAGAAGAGGGUCGCAACUCAGAAACAGGAGCAGUUUAAGGUGGAUCCGGAGGGGGGGCUGACUAACCUCCGUUACCAGGUGGAGUCCAGACAGGAAAUGACCGUCAGCGGGGCUCCCUGCAGCGUCAUCAACACUAAACUGGAGUGUGACCAGGAGCAGACCCCCUGGUGUCUUCUGGCGUAGACUCUGAGUCCAGGUCCUGGUUGUUCUGGAGGCGUAUCAGGGUUUAAACUGGCAGCACUGCACGGAUCCUUUAGGGAAAGAGACUCAGUUUUGCUUCAAGUUUCUGCUUUUUAAUGGACGUUACUGAUGGACCUGCAGUGGGAAAAUCCCCCUCAGUCAAACCAAACGUGGAAGCAGAACACAACCAGCCUGGAGCUUAAAAUCACAGAGGAGUAAACAAACUACAUUUCCCUCUUAUCAGGUAUAUCUCAACAAUAAAACUGCUGUUUCAUAAGCCAGGUAGAAAUAUGACUGUGACAGUUUCCUACCUGUCAAACGGGUCAGUUCAGUAACAGAACAGUAAAACCUCACAGCAUUAAUGUGGAGGACUGGAACUGCUCCUGUCUGACUCAUCUGAUGAAACUCACCUGAACUGACCUGGAAACAGUUUGGUGUCUGACCUCAACACUCAGUGCAGCGAUGGAGAUGGACUGUUACACCGAGCCAAACCAGACUGAGCUCAUGUCAAACAGACAAGCAUGACCAAACCUGAGCUGUUUCAGUUCUGUUAGUUCUCUUUGGUACCUGUCGGCAUGGUGUGAAUGCAAACUUAGUCUUUUUUUAUUUUUUAUUUUUAAUGUGGGCUUGUGCAAAUGGAGCAGAGAUGGUCGAGACGGCUGCCGACGACGCAUGUUUUCACCAGAAGUCGGACACGUGUGCCGUCACACCGUCACAUCAGAGGGUUUCUUUAAGCUUUUUAUCCAUCAAAUAUAAAAUGAAUCGGUGCUCGAGGAUUUCUGACUACUAACCUCCAGAGUAUCUCAUUGUUUUAUUUUCCCGCCGACACUGUUAAAUGAAGAGAGUGAAGUCUGAAACUCUUCUUGUUGGUGUUUUUAUUUUUUACACUAUGUUCCUUUUUAAUAGAGGCACAUUGAAUUAGCCAAAGAAAAAAAUUGGAGACUUUAAUUGUGACUCCUGUUUCUUGGUGUCUAAUAAUCACAAAACUUUUUCUCUUAACUACGAGAGAGGCGCCGUGAGAUUUGGAUUUUGCAGUUAUGAAAUACGAAGUCAUUAUUAUGAGGAAACAUCCCCUAGUUUCUUUUCUUUGAUGAAUGCAGAGUUUUUUCAAAGUAAACUGAGCCAAACUAAGUCAAACCAGCCUCAACUCAACUCAACUGUAGCAGACUGACAUUGAGAUGCUUUGGCAGCAGCAUGAACUUCAUGAAUAUAAACAUGAACAAUUUAGAUUGAUCUCAUCAGACUUUUCAAAAUAAAAUAAGGAGUAUCCCAGAAUCACAGUGCAGCAGGUUUAUUAGUGUUUCUGACAGAACACAGACUGUAAAAGUCGAUUUGAUUUGAGCAAAUGUCUCUAAACGUUUAUUUGAGAAUAAAAGGUAAGUCAGUACAAAUGAAAGGUAAAUCAUUACAAAAACCUCCUCAAAAAUAAAAAUUUAAGGUCAUUUUGUUAUUGACUGUAUUGUGAAAGUGUCACUGCAGGUUUUUUAAUCAGAAAGAAAAGGGGUCGAAAAUGACUUUACAAGUUUUUGAAAAUGUUACAAAGUUCCAGUCUGUUACCAUGAGAAUACUUGUUUGUUGAUGGGAAGCCGGUGAGGGAUCUUGUCCUUAACAUAAAAUGAUACUGACAUAAAUGUCUGUCAGUAUAAACUCAGUCUAGCUUUUUAGUUAAGUGUUCAGAGGGCUGCUGACAGUGUCUUCUUCUCUGCUGUUGUAGUGUCCUGGUCGGCCUCCAGAGAAGGCUCUAGAGUUUUAAAGGCGAUGGCUUAUAUACAGACCACGAUGUCAUACUGAUUUAUUUCCCAGAGAGAAUGGUGCCAUGUGUUUGUACAAUAUUCAGUAUUUAUAUAAAUCUGACUCUAUAAAAAAUGUCUCGGCUUGUUUCUUCUUCUCUGUUUGCAUGGUUUUGAAUGAAGAAGUUUUCAUGGACGACUACCAGAGCCAGA